CACUGUACAACUUCUGCGAUAGCGUAGAUGGCGAAGCUAGUGACGUUUUUUUGCACCGGAUUGGCGUUUUGCUUGAGGAAAAAUGGACACCAUUGAGGCGACUGGAAGAGUGGUAUAAGAGUCAAGAAGGGAAGGGGAAGACAGUGGAUGCUUCACUGACAUCAUCAGCUGCAAGAGCAAGUUUCUCUUGUGGCGAAGCAGAUACCGAAGAUUUGACCUGUAGUCCAGAACUUCAACAGAAACAAGCCGAGCUUGCUGCAAUCCGUGAGCACAGCAUAGACGGCAAGCAUCGCGUUUCUGGUCUUGCUAUUUUCCGCUAUUUGAUCGAUUCUCCAC